AUGUAUGGUGAACCUAACAGUAGUCUAAGACAAGCCUUUUGGGAACAACAAUGUCAAAAGAUAAAUGUCCCUUUAGAUGAGCCUAUUUUCUUUAUAGGAGACUUUAAUGCCCUCUUAGGUACUGAAGAUAAAAAUGAAGGCUUAAAAGUAGAUGACCCUGAUUUUGAAAAUCUCAGAAAUUUUUGUUCUGUCUUUAAUCUCCAUGACCCUGGUUUUUCUGGACCAAGAUUCACUUGGUCUAAUAUGCAACAAGGUUCUGAUUUGAUUCUUGAAAGAUUACAUAGAUGUCUUAUUAAUCAAACUGCUGAAGAUCUUUUUCCUAAACUGUGUGUCAAUAACCUUCCUAGGGAUUCUUCUGACCAUUUCCCCAUGCAUAUAGGGUUUAACUAUGAGGAUAUUAGUAUGCCUAGACCUUUUCAUUUUAUGGCCAUGUGGAUAGAGGAUCCUACUUGUAGAGAUAUUAUACCUAAUGCUUGGUCUGUUAAUGUGGUAGGUUCCCCUGCCUACAAACUUAAAGCCAAGCUCUUAAGCACAAAGAAAGGCCUAAGAGAUUGGAAUAAGUCUUCUUUUGACCUGAAACCUUUUAUGAACAAUAUUAUUUCCCAAAACCAAAGUGCUUUUAUCCCUAAGAGGAGUAUCUCUAAUAACAUUUUGCUUGCUAAUGAGGCCAUAUAUGUUGUCAAUCAUAAUGAUAAAGUUGAGGGCAUUGCAGCCAUCAAACUUGACAUGUCUAAGGCCUAUGAUAAGAUUGAGUGGGAUUUUCUUGAGAAAGUCUUAACUAAAAUGGGUUUGUCUAAUCAUUGGGUUAAUCUGAUAAACCAGUGUAUCUCCACUGUGUCUUAUUCUGUCCUGCUUAAUGGUAGCCCUACAUCCUCCAAAAAGGGUACUUUAGAAGGCAUAAGAGUCUGUAAAGAGGCUCCUGAAAUGAUCCAUCCCAUGUUUGCUGAUGAUUCUCUUUUGUUUUCAAAAGCUACUGAAAAAAACUUUCAUGUCAUAAAAGACUAUCUUCAAAAAUACUGCCUUGCUUCUGGGAAAGAAAUCAAUUUUGAAAAAUCUGGUAUUUUGUUUAGUAGGAAAAUUCCUGAACAUAGGAAAGCCAUUUUGGCUAAUAUUUUAGAUAUCCAAAGCAGGGAUUUAGGAGAAAAAUAUCUUAGAACACCUACUGUUUUCCAAGAUUCAAAAAUCCAGACACAUAUGGGUAUUCUCCAAGCCAUUGAUGCCAGGAUCUCUAUCUGGCUUCACAAGCUCUUAUCCCAAGCUGCUAGGACUACUCUGAUCAAGCACAUUGUUCAAGUUAUCCCUCCUUUUCAAAUGAGAGCCUUUCUUAUCCCUAAACACCUUUGUAAACAGAUGGACUCUCACCUCUGUAAAUUCUGGUGGGGUGAAAAUUUAGAUCCCAAUGAUAGAAAGUUGCACCUUCUAGGCUGGGACAUUUUAUGUUCCCCUAAAGCUGAAGGAGGUUCGGGGUUCAGGAAGGCUGAGUUAAACAACCUAGCAAUGCUUGCUAGGAAUUCCUGGAGAAUCCUGGAAAAUCCUAAUUGUCUUCUGUCCUCUGUUCUUAAGGGAAAAUAUCUUCUUAAAACUGAUUUUUUGAAUGCUAAGUGUAGUGCUAAAUGUUCUUGGACUUGGAAGUGCCUGCAUGCUAUUAAGGAGCUUAUAAAACCUUUUAUUUCUUGUAUUGUUGGGGAUGGUCAAUUUAUUGACCCAUGGUGUGAUAAAUGGAUUCCCUCUCAGGGUUCUGCCACACCCAACCCUCUUGUUCCUCCUGAUCCUAGUAUUAAAGUUGCUUAUUUCAUUGAUUCCCAAUCCAGAAGUUGGGAUGUGUCUAGACUAAACACCCAUUUUGAUAAUGCUUCUGUUCAGAAGAUUAUCUCCAUUCCCUUAAACCAGCUUUGCACUCCUGAUAUGAGGGCUUGGGAUCUUUCAAAGAAUGGAAAAUUUUCUUCUAAAUCUACCUACUUGGGGCUCAGAAGCCUUAGGCCUUCCCCUUGUAAAAAUAUUUGGAAGUGCGUUUGGAAAGUUAAAGUGCCUUACAUAAUUCAGAAUAAACCUUUUUUAGAUUGUCUUCUUUUCUGGUUAACUGACCAUCAGUCUAAAUUAAACAACUUCAUUUUCCAAGGAAUUAGAGAAAACUUCACUGCUGUCUUAGCUAGAGCUAGAGCUAUGCUCCUUACUAGGAAUUCUAGAAAUCCUAGUUUGACCACUCCCUCCACCAUACAUGUCAGUAUUAGUGAUAAAUGGAUGCCUCAUUAUUUUGGUUGGAUUAAAUGCAAUAUUGAUGGUGCCUUUGAUGAUAUCUCUGGAGAUAAUGGUGCAGGGUAUGUGAUGCGUGAUUUCUCAAGAAAAGCAACCUUUUGUGCCUCCUUAGUCUUUGAUGUUCACUCUGCUGAAGAAGCUGAAGCAAGGGCCAUCUGGGCAUUUCUGAAGAAAGUUGUGGAACAACAUCUCUCUCAUAUCAUUGUAGAAAGUGAUGCGAAAGCACUCAUCGAUCAAUUUUCAGCUGGGAAUUUCGAUGGAGACUCUAAGACGGAUGCUAUCUUUAAAGACAUUCUCUUUUUUUCUUCUAAAUUAUCUGCUUGUAUCUUUAGUUUUCAGCCUAGAAGUUGUAAUUCUGUUGCUCAUGAGCUUGCUCAAUGGAAAAAACAAAACAAUUCUUCCAUGUACUGGUCUAAAUCCCAUGUUUGA